AUGUCAUCGUCGUACAGGGACGACAAUAACCUAAAUAUUUCGUCAGGCGUUAAAGCAAGGCUUCAAAAAUGGAUUGGUAAGGCAAGCUCAAACGUUCGCGACAAGCGACUUGGCAAAGAAAACUCUGCGGAAAUUAUGAACUGUGAGCCUAUGAAAGUCGAAAUGACGAGUGACGUUUCACCACAACAUUCAAGGUCGCGCAGCGCUCCCAUACCGAUGGAAAAAGUGGUAAAGAAAAUGCGAAAAGGCUCAGAAUCUAUAACUUCCACCUGGUACGUAAAAGAAGACAUAGAGCGUGAGAACCAUAUAAAUGAUUCAUACUCAAAUAAAAGGAUUCCAGUGGGGAAUGCGCACAGUGUGGGACUGCAUGAGUCAUCAAGCGCACCCAGCAUGGUCAAACUUGAACGAAUGAGUGUAAUGGACAGUAAAGAAGUGAGUUCUAGAGACCAAAAGAACGGUGGCAAGGAAGAUCCAAUCGGCCAAACUGAGAACGGUUACGUCAUGAACGGCAUAAAUGGUUACUCGUGCACCAAAAAGGCAUCCGGGUCUCUUUCGACAAAAAGACCCAAAUUCAGGCGCGACAGAUCUCAAACUUCUGUUGAUUUAAGCGACAACAGUAGAAGUCCCGACAAUGGCAGAAUUGUUUCCGCCUACAGCCUUGAAAGCAUUCCCCAAAACCACCAACAGUUAUCGGGACAAAUUCAGUCCAGGCUGCAUAAGUGGGUCGAGCGAGCAUCAUCCCAUUUGGCGUCGCAACGCGACCGUAGUACAAGCGAGGAAUCAGCUAGUUCUACAGAUGACAGUGUUUACACUCCUGACAGUCCUUCUUCAGGAGUAACACCCAGAUCGGGAAAAGAGAGUCAAGUGCAGAAGAUAAAAGAAUUGGAACUCGCUUUGAAGGAGCUGGUGGAAAACGUCGGGGUCAGAGGAGGAAACUGGCCUUCAAAAGGCUCCAACACAAAUUCGCCUGGUCCCUCAAGCAGGGAAAGAUCGAGAAAUAAUUCUCAGCGAAAUGACAAUGAUUGCCAAGAGAAUAGAGAACUGAAUGGAGAGGAGAAGAAUGAUUUAUUUGCAAAUAAUGGACGAGAUAUCUCAAAAUCAAAUGAGGGUCGCAACAACUCCACAGACGCAGACACAGCUGUCAUCAAAAUGACAGACGGCGAGAAAUCCUUUUUUGACAGUCGCCCACAAGAUGAUGAUGUCGAAGACCUGGGCGACGUUAUAUUUAUCAAGUCACGUAACUCUGCUCUUGAGCAGGUUGCAAAUAGCAGCCCACGCGACCGAAGGUCGGCUCAUUUGCAAGACGUCUUCUUUAGUGAGACCCUCAUUGAAGACACUCAAAAAAAUGCACAGGAAACCAAGAAAAAGUUGGGCCCAAAUGCUCUCGGCGAGCGAUCCAUCGAAACCAAGGAGGGCAGAAAUGUUUCUCGCAACAAAACACCCGCAAGUGGGCAAAAUGAGACUGAAAACUCCAGGGUCCCUUAUGAAAGUAAACUUAACGCUAAGAAUGAAACAGAGAGAAAGUCUGAACGCCCCAGUCGAAUAAAAAGGCAAUCUACUGGUUCGGUUGGGAGUUUGUUAAAGACAGAGUCUAAUCCGGCUCUUCGAGAGAGUAUGAGGCAGUAUUUAAAGUUCAAGGACGCUGAUCUCUCCGCCUUUGCCGUUGAGUGCGUCAAGCAUGCUAAUAAGAAGAAACAGAUACUGCGAGAAGAAGAGGUCCAACCAGAUAAUCAAAGUGGAGCUGAAAGGACUAUCGCGCAAAAGAAAUUGGAGAGCACAAACACUGCACAAAUCGCUGACGCAACGGACCAGAAACCUAUUGUUGUGUUUUCAUCACCAGAUAACAAUCCACAAACUGAUGAACAAAGCGACUUGUUGAAACAGGAGUCUGCGUCUUUGAGAAGUUCAGAGGACGGAAAUGUCUCAGAUAAAGAUUUGACCGCAAGCGAGGAUAACAUUUUCGCUCGUACUGCGGAAGAGGCCGAACAGUUUGAAAAAGAUUUAGCUACUGAACCCUUGCAAAAGAGAAAGGAAUCGUUAGGGCGAUCAGCGAGUCAUCCACCUGAGGAACCUAUCGACACUACCCAGCGACUUUACAAAUUUCCGUCUAUGCCGAUGUUUUACAUACCAGAUGAUGACGAGGACAUUAAAACUAGUAAGAAACAGAAGAGACUGUCCUUUACCGUAUUCGGGGGGAAUAGCUCUGGAAGUAAUCCAUUCUAUCAAGGGAAACUGAACUCAAGGACAAAACUUAUGUCAAGCAGCAACUCAAAAUUGACCGCUGUAAAAGAUGAAAAUGGAAACGAUGUGGUCGGAAAGUUAAAGUCUUCCCCCAGACCAAAGCUGCGGCAAAGAAAAGUCAGUGCACCGCCAGGAUCUGCCCUGUUUCCUACACCGUCAAGCGUGCGUGUGGACAUUGAAGCUCUCAUAUAAACUAAGUUCGGUUUUAGUAACAUAAACAAACUCAGCUUAUUUUCAGCCUUGCCAGAGCCGGAGUGAUGAUACACAAAUUUCCUUUCUAGGACAAGUAGAAAAAAAAACUCAGUGCAAGAAACGGACCUGUUUGAUGGUAAAUACUCAGUAGAUUUUAGUUUAAUACUGAUCUUUCUGAGACCGUACCGCAUGACCUUAUUGUCAUUCAAUAUAAGUCAAUGAUAAUGACAAAAAUUACAAUUACAGUAAUUGGAAAAGAACGCUCACCAAACUGA